AACAAGAGUAAGCAGCCCGAGCCCGACGGGCGGCAUUGCGAGAAAAUAUGAGGAUUCGCCCGGGAUGCGCGGCUGCACUAGUAGUGCUACUGCAAGUCGCUUUGGUGGCGAGCAAGGCAUUGGAUCAGAAUCAAUUGCAACAGCAGAAGUCUCAGCAGCAAAUUCCAUAUGGCACAGCAGCCCAGAAGAGAUGGGGCGGUGACGCAGGUGGCCAUGGUGGAGAUCUUGGUACAGGUUACGGUGGAGACGUAGGUGGACACGGUGGAGACUUGGGUGGCCACGGUGGAGGCCUGAGUGGUCUAGGUGGUGACAUUGGAGGUGGCUAUGGUCAUUCCGGAGGUGGUGACAUCGGCGGUGGUUUUGGCCACUCUGGAGGCGGUGGUUUCGGUCACUCUGGAGGCGGUGACGCUGGCGGUGCUGUUGGUCAUUUCGGCGGCGGAGAUGGCGGCGGUCUCGGUCACUUUGGCGGCGGUGAUGUCGGAGGUGGUUAUGGCCACUCCGGAGGCGGCGAUGUCGGAGGUUAUGGUCAUUCUGGAGGCGGCGAUAUCGGAGGCGGUGACGCUGGUGGAGCGCUGGAAGAACACCACGACGAUCAUCAUCACGAUAAGGGUUACUGGAAGAAGAAGCUGAUUUGGAAACCCGGCUGGAAGAAGAUCUGGAAACCAGCUAAGAAACAGAUCUGGAAACCCGCGUGGAAGAAGAUUUGGAAGCCCGUGUGGGUGCCAACGCAGAAGGCUAUAUGGAAAGACAUCCAGGUACCGGCGUGGAAGAAGAUUUGGAAGCCUGUUUGGAAAGAGAUCCAGGUACCAGUGUGGAAGGACAUUCAAGUACCAGCUUGGAAGAAGAUUUGGAAGCCUGUCUGGAAGCCUAUCAAAGUCCCAGCAUGGAAAGAAAUACAGGUACCCGCAUGGAAAAAGAUCUGGAAACCCGUUUGGAAGGAAAUCCAAGUACCAGCUUGGAAGGAGAUUCAGGUACCAGCCUGGAAGAAGAUCUGGAUCCCGGAGUGGGUGAAAAUCGGCAUCCCAGGUGAACAUUACCACGGUAAAGACCAACAUGGUUGGGAGUACACCAGUCACGAUCUGUGGAAGAAGAAGCUGAUCUGGAAACCGCUUUGGAAGAAGUACUGGAAGCCAGCGAAGAAACAGAUCUGGGUACCUGACAAGAAGCUCGAGUGGGUCGAAGCUUGGAAACAGAUCUGGAAACCGGCAAAGAAACAGAUCUGGGUGGACGACAAAAAGUUGAUCUGGAAGGAGGAGUGGAAACAGAUCUGGAAACCGUCGAAGAAGCUCAUCUGGGUGCCCGACAAGAAGCUGGAAUGGAAGGAGGCCUGGAAACAAAUCUGGAAGACAGAGAAGAAGCAGGAAUGGGUGCCAGACAAGAAAUUAGCCUGGAAAGAGGCCUGGAAGCAGAUUUGGGUACCUGCCUGGAAAGAGAUCUGGGUACCAGCGUGGAAGAAGAUCUGGAAGCCCGUCUGGAUAUCGGAGUGGUUCCCUGCAGAGGACCAUCAUCCGCCUCAUCACGGAUGGGAGGACCGGAAAGACACUCAAGCUCAAGGUAGCCAGAUCGUACCGUACAGUUCCGAAGCAGCUGCCAAGCAGAACGCUCAGGGUCAACAGCAACAGCGUCAAGUCGACGAGAACAAAGUCAGGUGGGACAGAUCGUCUAAAACGGAAGCUCCAUCGAUCAGCCAGGAUUUAGUACCUCCGCCAGCGACGAACAAUCAAAGCGGCCCAAACUUCGCGUUCCCGAAACGCUGAGAGAGUAGUCACGCUUGUACAAACACUUUGCUGACAGAGUAUUGUAACAUAAGCCGUUGUAUAUAUUACCUUACGU